AUGAACCGUUCAUUAGCAACUGAAGAACAACUUGCAUUUAUUAUUCAAUUAACGAAUAGUAUAUUUCCAUUAUUUGUUUUACCAUUAGCAACUAUCGGUAAUUCUCUAUGUUUUCUUGUAUUUUGUCGACCGAAAUUUCAAAAACGUUUAACACGAACAUCAUCCAUAUGUGUACGCUUAUUAUGUUUAAAUGAUUUAAUUCUAUUGUAUUUAUUUGUAAUUGAUGUUCUAUUAAAAGCUUAUACCAAAUCGCCGACAAGAAUCUAUUCAACACCAGCAGCAUGCCGUCUAUAUAAAUGGAUACGUUAUUCAAUAUUAGAUUUUUCGGCUUACCUACAAUUAGGUUUAACAACCGAUCGUUUCAUUUGUUGCGUCUAUCAUCGAUAUUAUUCACGUUGGUGUAAACGACAUUAUUUAUAUUAUUUAUUAUUCACCGCAUUUAUUUGUAUUUUUGCAAAAAAUUCUUCAUUCCUAUCAGCAUCCUACGGUUAUUAUUAUCUAACGAUUAAUAAAGAUCGUAGUGUUAAAUGUUCAGUUAAAAUAAAAUCUGUCUAUUUUACUAUGUACAUGGCAUAUGGACAAUCUCUAAUUGAUGUUGUCUUUAUUACUUGUCUACCAUUUUUUCUAAUAUUAUAUUUUAAUUCACGUAUUCUAAGAGAAGUUUUACGUUUACGCACGGAAUGUUGGAGUACAUUAACAAAAUUAAUGCAUAUAGCGCCGACUCAAUCCGGAAGUUCACUUGUCAUAACAACAAAUAGUAUAACAUUACCAUCGACAACAACAACAACAACAGUGAUUAUACGACGACAUCGUGCAAAACGUCGACGUUUACAUUUAACAUUUGCACUUGGUUGUAUAUCAUUUAUAUUUAUAUUUAGUACGGCGCCAUAUAAAAUAUUUAAAAUUGUUGAACGACAUGAUAAAGUCAUACGAGAUCAAUAUAUGGAUGGGACAGCGAAAUCAAUUCAUAUGCAAUUAGCUGAAGUUAUUAUUGAUUGUUUUGUCUAUUUAUCAUGUUCAACGCCAUUUUUUGUUUGCUUUGCUACAUCAAGCAUGUUCCGUGAUGAACUACGUCGAGCUUUUCAAUAG